AUGUCAUCUGAUGGAGCUGAAAGCCGUCCAACAACGCACGCCAAUUUCGACCACAACAACACCAAUGGGAGCGGCGACAGAGUGACAUUCAUCUCCUCCGACCGCGUCCUCUUCAACCUGCACCGCAAGAACCUCGACGUCACCGCCGGCGUCUUCCCCGGUCCCGAGUUUGUGUUCGCCUCCGCUCCACCUGCGCAAGAGUCCACAGCAAUCCCUCUGCAAGAACCCGCAUGCGUGCUGGAGAUCCUCUUCCAGUUCGUGUACCCCGACCGUCGCGCGAAGCUCACCGAGUCGCUCGAGUUCGCCGUCCUCGCACAGGUCGCUGAGACCGCGGAGAAGUAUCAAAUCUACAGCGCCAUCGAUGCGUGUGAACAGGAGUUCGAAAGACGAUGGCUUCCUCAAUACGCGUUACCCAUUCUGACGCAUGCACUCAAACACGGGAUUAUAAAACUGAUUGACGCAAGCGCCCUCUGCCUCUGCAUCACCCCCAUCAGCGAGGUCUUGAAUCAAGGCCUUCCUCUUCAAUACGCCGCGCGUUGGAGUAAAUACCACGAGGAUUGUCGCAACUUGCUCUUCAAAGACGCAGAAGCGGAAUUGGGGACUCUGUAUCUCAGCAUGGAGCUAGACAACACGCACCGCUCCUGUGUCGUAGCCGCCCUUGAUUGGAUGUACGAUACAUCCAGAAAGAUAAGAUCGCUCAACGACAUUGAGCACUACACUUACAAGCCAGAUAGGUACCGGCACGACGAGUUCUCCCCUAGAUGUUCAAUCGACCUCGAUAUGUCGGGUGAACAGUCUUGUUACGUCUUGGAACAAGCUCUGGUGAGCGUCAAGCGUCGAAUAGUCGAAAUCAAGGAGAUCUCUUUCUGGGAUUGUUAUAUAAAGCCAAUCCCCGCUCCCAAGCCCAUGCCUCAAUAG